AUGUCACCUCCUUUAAACGAAAAACAAGAUAUGAUUAACUCACGCAAACAAGGAACCAAUUUUGAAAGAAUACGUGCAGAAAAAUUCAAUUUUUUAAAAGAAUUCUCAACAAGAUAUGGAUACAAUGGUAAAAUAGAUCAAAUCCGCGAGAAGGAAUAUCCACAAUUAAAAAAUGCAGUUUACCUCGACCAUACAGGCUCAACGACAUAUGCCAAGUCUGCCAUUAAAAAUUUUGGCCGUGAUUUGUUAUCUAAUCUUUACGGAAAUCCUCAUUCAAAUUCACCAAGCUCAAGGGCAAGCUCUGCACGAAUUGAAGAAGUUCGCAAAAGAAUUCUUAGACAUUUUAAUACUAACGAUGAAGACUACAGUGUAAUUUUCACUGCAAAUGCCACCAGUGCUGCUAAAUUAGUCGGAGAAAUGAUUCCUUGGUCAAAACACAGCACUUAUAAGUAUUUAAGAGAAUCUCACAAUAGUAUCAAUGGUUUAAGAAGAUUUGUUGAGAAAAUUAACCCGAAAAAUAUUGUUAGUUUAACCGAAUCUGAUGUAGUUUCAAUGAUUAAAAGUGCUCAUAAACCUGACUAUAUACCUAAAAACCGUGAGAUAUCAGAAAAAUCAAGGCGUAAUCCUACGUAUAACCUUUUUGCGUAUCCAGCUCAAUGUAAUUUCUCUGGAAUGAGAUUUCCCUUGAAAUGGUCUCGUGAAAUCAAGAAAUUAGAUACCGAACGUGAAAAAACAUUGGUGCUAUUAGACGCAGCAGCUUAUGUCCCAACAUCUCCGCUAUCUCUAGCUGACAAAAAAAAUUCACCAGAUUUCGUUAUCCUCAGUUUUUAUAAAAUAUUUGGAUUCCCAACCGGGUUAGGAGCUUUAAUAGUAAAAAAUGAAUUGGAACCAAUUCUACAAAAAGAUUAUUUUGGUGGUGGCACAAUUGAAUCGGUCGCUUACGAUAGACCAUGGCAAAAAUUCUCCAAAGAUAUGCCAACACGUUACGAAGAUGGAACCGUCAACUUCUUAAAUAUAAUCGCAUUAGAUCACGCGUUUGAUUCAUUUGAAAGAAUGUAUACAAAUUGUGAUAAUAUAUCGAUGCACGUGUCCAGUUUAAUCACAUUCCUUAGUAGAAAUAUGAAAUCGUUUAAACAUUGGAAUGGGAAAAGAGUCUGCAUAGUGAAUACUGACAGAGAUUAUUCAGAUAGCAAGCAACAUGGCGGUAUAUUUAGCUUUAACGUAAAACGUGCAGAUGGCACUUAUCUUGGUUAUUUUGAUAUAGAAAAACUCGCUAGCGUAAAUGGUAUUCAUAUUAGAUCUGGUGGUAAUUGUAACCCUGGUAGUAUUACAAGGUGGUGUGGAGUUCGUUCUUCGGAUGUUAUUGAAAAUUAUUACGAGGGAAAAACUUGUAAUGAUGAUAAAGAUAUAUACAAAGGAAAACAUUAUGGCGCUGCUCGUUUAUCUGUAGGUGCUAUGACAACUAUUGAAGAUGUUUUAAUCUGGUUGGACUUUUUUAAAAGACAUUAUGUUGAAAUAAUGCCUGGAGUGACAAUUAAUGAUAUGAGUUACGAUGUCGAUGACAAAAAUAGUAUACUUAGUGAUGAAGAUACUAUAAAAGGCGGACAGAGCUCGUUCCUGGCCAUAUUUAAAAGUUUCUUUAAUUUCUGCUAA